AUGAAUCUAGUCUACGAGCUCCUUGACCGGGGCUAUCUGCCAGACGUCGUGCUUCGUCGGGCGAUCCGAUUGCUCAACGCACAGCGGAUUGCCAGUCUCGCCAAACCGGAAGAGGAUUUCUCGCUUCACGUCUCGACCAAAAAAGCGUACAUCGAAUCGCUCAAGACUCGGGAAAUAGCGAUCCAACAGGAAAAAGCAAACGAGCAGCACUACCAAGUGGAUACUGCUUUCAUGCUCUCCUGUCUCGGCAAACGGGCCAAGUACUCCUGCUGUCUCUACCAAACCGGCCGAGAAACGCUGGAGGAGGCAGAGGAAGCUAUGCUCAACUCCUACUGCCAAAAGGCAGGUCUCGCUGAUGGGCAAGAGAUUCUAGACUUGGGAUGUGGUUGGGGUUCACUUUGCCUCUAUCUGGCGGAGAGGUAUCCAAAUUGCAAGAUCACUGCUUUGUCCAAUUCCAAGACGCAAAAACACCAUAUCGACUCGAUCACUGCCUCGCGUGGCUUCAAGAACAUCCGCGUCGUCACCGGCGACGUCAACGUCUUCCACUUGCCGCACCGCUCUUUCGAUAGGAUCUUGAGCAUCGAAAUGUUCGAACAUAUGAAAAACUAUUCGCAACUCUUUCGAAAAGUCUCUUCUUGGCUCAAAGAUGGAGGCGAAUCUCGACUUUUCAUUCACAUCUUUUGCCACCGUACUACCCCGUAUCAUUUUCAGGACGACGAUGGUUGGAUGGCGCAAAACUUCUUCACCGGUGGUACAAUGCCCAGUUUCGAUCUCUUUCAGCAUUUCCAGCAACAUGUGACACUCGAGCAUAGUUGGUGGAUCAAUGGAAACCAUUAUGCCAAGACCUGUGAGCAUUGGCUCCAGAGGCAGGAUAGAAACCAGAAGAAACACAAUAGCCUCGAGCUCUUGAGGAAAGAUGCAGUGAACAAGGGGAGUAGGCAGAUCGAUGGCGAAAAGACAUUCUAUAGAUUCAGGGUCUUUUAUCUGGCUUGCGCAGAGUUCUUUGCUACCAAUGCGGGCAAUGAGUGGGGGGUUGGACAUUAUCUCUUCAGCAAAAAGUAG